CGCGGAGCCGGGCGCGAGCUGUUCUGCUGUGCAGUCUCGCUGACGACAGAGCAACUCACCCGCCUGGCGUAGCCUGCUUGCAAGCAACUGCAAGACUGUGCUCCAGCAUGUUGAGAAGCAAGGUCCAGAAGCAGGGCGGCUUCUACGUCUGCGCAUCAUGUCGACGACAAAACCUCCACAGCUUGACCCAACCGCGCUCUAGGGCCCCGACUUCAGGCCGCGCCCCCGCCCCCUCCGUCACGACCCUGAACGGCGUCCGUGGAUACACCUCAUAUGGCAAAUUCGGGUCAGGCACCUUGCCCGGUCAGGCAAAUGUCGACUGGGCAAGGACGGCCCCGCCGCCGGUCUUUGGAGGAAAGAAACCAGGCAUCUUCCAAGGCGGCAAGAUAACACCGGCCAAACCCACGUCCAUGUCAGGGAACAAACCUGCCGCUGCUGGGGGAGGACCUGUGUCAGGUACUCCAGGGCAACCGAGCCCAGCAGCAGAUCCCCCAAGAGCCGCUACAACACAAGGCGACAACAUUGCUCAGGAUAGAUGGCGACCAACGGAGCAGAAGCCUUUCAGCCCCCCGGGCCGGAUCGGUUCUGCCAACAGGAUCCCAAUGCGAUCUGCGACGGGGACCAGUGCGAUGGGCAACUACAAUCCCGGGUCGAGUCCAGUUGCGCCAGUUACACCAGCGCUGAGAGGCAUGAAAGAGAACGUUCCGGGUCCUCCGCAAUCUGUGUCUGAUGCCCCCGCUACUGCGCAACGGCCAGAGUCUAGAGAUUCCGGUUUCUCGUCUCAAGGUUUCCCCAUUAGGAGAAGAGCAGCCGGGUCGGAGCCCCAGCGCAAAUCGCCUACGUACCCCCUCCUACGCCAAAGACCGCCAAAAGUAGAUGAGUUCGAAACUCUGAGCCCGUUCAAUCUACCCGGCGAGGGACAGCCCUUGUCGCCAAUUCCGACAAAAUCCCCCACUGAACAGGCAUCGACAACAAGCCCCUACCAAGGUUUGCCACCGAGGUUGCCAUCGGAAUCUGGCAGACCGGGCCGACCUUCCAUUUCGAACACGUCAUUUAGAGUGGGCAAACCUGUAGCAGAUCCGACCGAAACCGUCACCAGUUCCCGGACCGCGAGCCCUGGAGGCCCCGAAGGAGUGCCACUCAAAGAGCCUGCGUCGGGCUUGGGUAGCACGGGAAGCAGGCAAGCUUCGCAGUUACCAGACCCGGUCGACCAGUUCGCGAUGAUGCAGAGGGCGGCUGAAGCCUCCUCGGGUGACCAGCAAAGAAGCGGCGGGGAGAGUGAUUGGGGUCUUCCGGAGAGCGACAUGGCUUCCCCUGAAGAGCGCCAGGCCCUCAGGCGGCGCCAGAAUGCUGUCAGUCAGCGAGCACCCAGGAGGGAAGCACGCCCUGCCGGAAGAGAGAGCGAGUUUGACAGGGGCAUGCAACGACGCGACCGGGGCAGAAACGUCGAGCGAUUCGAAGACAGACCUAGGAAACGGCCAACCCAACGAAACAGGGGCUACGACGAGGACGAGGACGACGACAACGACACAGGAUUCGACUAUGAAGAGUAUCAGGCUCGCAAGCAAGCGGCCAACCGGCGUAAGGAGGAGAAGAGGGCUGCCAAGGAAGCUGAGGCCCCAAAGACCAUCUUACUGCCAGAGUACAUCACCGUCUUUGAUCUCUCACAGGCCCUUGGCGUCAGACCGGAGCAAUUCCUUCGCGAUCUAGGAGAACUUGGAUUCGAAAACAUACUUCAUGACAGCAUCAUGACCGGCGAAACCGCCGCGCUGGUUGCCGCAGAGUACGGUCUCGAUCCCGUCCUCGACACAGGCGACGAGAUAGACCUGAAGCCGCGACCCCCACCAGAGGAUCCGUCCACAUUGCCGCCCCGCCCGCCAAUCGUUACCAUCAUGGGUCAUGUCGACCAUGGCAAGACUACAAUGUUAGACUGGCUGCGCAAGUCAUCUGUUGCGGCACAAGAGCAUGGUGGCAUCACGCAACAUAUCGGUGCUUUCUCGGUUCGUCUCUCCUCGGGCAAGCUCAUCACCUUCCUGGACACGCCUGGACACGCCGCGUUCUUGAGUAUGCGGCAGCGUGGUGCCAACGUGACAGACAUCGUGGUCCUCGUCGUGGCGGUUGAUGACAGUGUCAAGCCACAAACUCUCGAGGCGCUCAAGCACGCCCAAAACGCAAAGGUUCCCAUCAUCGUGGCCAUUAACAAGAUAGACAUGGAUGAGAGGCGCAUCGACCAGGUCAAACAGGAUCUGGCAGCGAACGGCGUCGAGAUUGAGGACUUUGGCGGUGACGUGCAGGUGGUCGGCGUGAGCGGCAAGACGGGCAAGGGCAUGGAUGACCUCGAAGAGAACAUAUUGACCUUGUCCGAGAUCCUGGAUGUCCGCGCGGAGACGGACGGCAUGGCAGAGGGCUGGAUCCUUGAGACGAGCGUCAAGGUAGAUGGCAAGGUGGCGACCGUACUCGUCAAGCGCGGCACAAUACGCGUGGGCGAUCUAGUCGUCGCCGGGACCACGUACGCUAGGGUCAGGAUGAUGCGCAAUGAGGCUGGGGUUGAAGUCGAGGAAGCCGGACCGGGAACUCCAGUUGAGGUACUCGGGUGGAGGGAUUCGCCGGUGGCUGGAGACCUGGUCCUCCAGGCGGAGGACGAGGGCAGGGCUCAGGCUGCAGUUGAUUACCGGGAGGAGCUCGCGGACCGGGCAAAGGCUGCCACGCAGAAGGGGGAGGAGGAGCUGAAGAAUCGAGAGAAGGCCGAGCAGGAAGCUCUGGAAAAGAUGAUGGCUGAGGAUGGCGAGGACGCUGUCUCGGAAGAGGCGGAGCAAUCAGGGCCCAAGACAGUGAACACCAUUGUGAGGGGCGACGUGAUGGGCUCUGUCGAGGCCGUCUGCAACGCGGUCUUGGAGAUUGGCAACAACGAGGUGCACGCCCGAGUCCUGAGAUCCUCUCCUGGUCAGAUCAACGAGUCGGACAUCGACCUCAUGGCUGUGGCCAAGGGCUGCAUCAUCAACUUCAACAACCCCAUACCGGGCUAUAUCCAGAGCAUGGCGGAGGAAAAGGGCGUCCGCAUCCUCGAUCACACAAUCAUCUAUCACCUCGUCGAGGAUGUUAAAGAGAUGAUGUCAGAACAGCUGGCGCCGAUUAUCAGCCAGAAGGUGCUGGCCGAGGCCGAAGUCCUGCAGGUGUUCGCUAUCAACAUUGUAAAGCGGAAAUAUAAGAACAUCGCCGGUGUGAAGGUGAGGACGGGCACGCUGACGCGAGGCGGGAUGUACAGGGUGAUGCGGGAUGGGGAGAAGAUUUUUGAAGGCAAACUUGACGCCCUAAAGCAGGGAAAGAAGGACGUGAAGGAGAUGAGGAGAGGCACCGAGUGCGGUGUCUCGUUCGAGUCUUGGGACCACUUCGAGGCGGGCGACGUGAUCCAGCUGUACGAAGAGGUACAGCAAAAGAGGUACCUGUGAGUGGAGAACACACCACCAGGGCGAAUCCCAUAGAGGUCCGGGGCGUACAGAAUCUCGCUACUCGGGCAUCGAGCCGUGUAAGGAUGUGUGUUGCAAAAUGUACAUAAGAUGUAUAGGUAUUUACAUAGAUCAGGGUCUCGCUACAUGGCUAGAAACGGGUAUAAGAUGAAACCAAAGGCGCUGGCAGAUGAGCUGCGCUGCACAAGACGAAUCCUACCACCGCUUUGGGGCGGAUAUGCUAUUGGACAUGAACGUUCUACUCGUGACUGUCGCCUUUGACCUCUCCCUCUCCAGCUUGCUGAGCCCCAUCCUGUCGGUCAUGGGCGUUGCAGCUAUGAUAUUGUCGAACUCGUUAUCCUCCUCGCCAUUGUCGGAGUCGGGCUCUGCAUCCGAGUCCACCUUUGUCUUGCCGCCGGGUUGCUGUGGUCUUGAUAUUGUCUCGGGACGCUUCUUGUGGUCUGAAUCGUCGGGGUUGGCGAAAGGUUUCGACGCCAGUACUUUCCUGCGGAUUUCCUCCAUGGCAGCGUCCUCUUCUUCACUGUCGUCUGAUAUGUCGAAGGGGUCCUUCUCAGGACUGGCCUCCUUUGGUGCGGGGUCAGGCUUCUUGCCGAGAUAGAUACCAUCUACAGAAUCGUCUGCGUCUUCCUCGUCCUCGCCGCUGCCAUCCUCGUCGUCGUCAUCGUCGUCCUCGUCGUCGUCGCUCGAGCCUGGGAUGGCCCGUCUAUUUACGUUGCCGCUCUUCCACAUGUCGUCGUCGGAACCGCCGUGGCGAUUGUCGGCAUACUCUUUCUCAAGCCUCUCGAUCCACUCCUCCUCGGUUUUCUUGAUGGCCUUCUCGUCCUCACAUUCUGCGUACUUUCUCAAAAGUGAUGCGUUGAUCUUAAGGAAUGCCUCGCCGUAUGAGAAGGGUUCCAGAACCUGGGUGGCCCAGUCAAGGUGGCCACAGAUGGCAAAGGCAGCGGCGAGGGCCUCGGCGCAGUUGAGCCGCCAGGGUUUGCCGUAAUUGACGGUGUUGGCGGCGACCAGGUAGGGCAACAGCCUCUCGCACUUUCCGCCAACCUUGUUCCACUGGAUCUCCUUGGUCCUGGCCCAGGAGCACUCGACGACGGCGGCACCGUAGGUCUCGAGGAGCUCCUUGUCGGCGGGCGACACAACAUGUUUGCCGUUUGGGGUGAUGAUGACACCGUUGAAGCGCUGGCCGAGGUGCAGGCCGCGCAUCAGGCCGACCUUCAUAAGGCGCUUCCCGCUGCAGCGCUUGGGAUCGCAGUGGCCUAGGUCCCAGCAGGCGGCCUUGAAGGGCGGGCGUGAUCGGCCAGUUGACGAGGAGGCGGCGUCGGUGGUGGGGUCGUCGUCGUGCUGAUUCUGGACAUUGUCGCCCUGAUGCGCGUUGCCACCCCCGCGCUUGGGGUGGACGGUGAAGGUCUUCUUGCUUCGAGGGUCUUUCUUGUGGCGGACCAUGGUGAGCGUGGCAGAGGGGUGCGCCAGGUGUGGUUUGUCGUAAAGUUC